AAGAAAGCAAACAGAUAUCCUGUAGGCGGGUGGAAACAAAACUAUGCUGAUGAAAACUGACCUCAGAACGCGAGAGGGGCUGCCGGUAAACUGCGAGGAAGAAGCUAGAAGUCUGCUGCCCUCUAGUGAUUAGCCUACUAGUACCAGUCAGCACAAGCAGUUCAGGUUUAAUGUUUAAGCUUACCCCCCUCCCUUUCAUUCCCCUCUUAUUGUGUGUGUGUGUGUGUGUGUAGGUGUGUGUGUGUGUGUGUGUGUGUGUGUGUUGUGUGUGUGUGUGUGUGUGUGUGUGUGUGUGUGCGCGCGUGCCUAACCCCAGCAGUGAGACUAAAGACACAACAGGGUGAGCCGAGUGGGCCUGGUGCAACACAGUAGCCAUUUUUGCUGUUCAUAUCAGUUCCAAGGCAGAAACAAAACAGGUUCAUGGGCGGACAUGAAGGAACAUGAAGAGGGAAUAAAGAAUGAUUGCUACCAGUCCUUUGUCAGUGAAUCACCCCGAUAAGCUCACACCAUGAAGAAGCCCACUGGAGCUCCAGCAGCACCUGUGUGGAUCACUCACACACCCACACCAGAAAAUGGUGUGAGUGAUAGUGGCUGCUCAAGUAGCACAUCCAGCAUUCCACCUUAUGUGGAGAAGGACAAUGAUGACAAAAAAGGCAGUAUGAAGGAUAAGCUGAAAUCCCUUAUCCCCCAUUCAUGGGGCAGCAUGGGCCGUCACUGGAGGAAGGCGGGAGACAGCGCUGAUGACUCCGAAGCCAGUAGUGGUCGACGGAUCCAGAUCCUACCCAAUGGGACCAGGGUGAGCCCUCCUGUAAGUCCCUUGGUGGGCCGCAAGAAAUGGGAUGAAACCCUGAAGGAAAGUUCUUCUGACAGAGUCAGAAAUCAAAGCCCGAAUGAGGACUCUCUGCUCACAAGCAUCCACCCAGCAGAGUACUAUGCUGAGAAGCUGGAGGUCUACAAGCUGAAGUACUCGUACUUGAAGUCAUGGCCAGGCCUUCUCAGACUUCUCGCUGGCCUUGAGCUCCUAUUUGGAGCAAUGGUCGUUGCCUGUGUCAUCGGCUACAUCCAGAAAGACAGUGAAUGGUCCAACACCUAUGGGCACUAUAAUGGUGUAUACAACAAUGGGCUGGGCCUGUCAGGAUACAGCUACAGCGGACCUAUGACUCCCUUUGUUGUGUCUGUGGCAGGAGUCUCUUGGAUCGUGACCCUGAUUCUCCUGGUGAUGGGAAUGACAAUGUAUUACCGCACCAUCCUUCUCGAUGCCCCUUGGUGGCCCGUGACUGAGGCCUUCAUCAACGUAGCGCUCUUCCUGCUCUACAUGGCGGCAGGGAUUGUAUACGUGAACGACUUAAACCGUGGCGGCCUGUGCUACAUGACAAUAGGUGUCCACCCCAUCUUGGCCGGUCUGUGUCGAGUGGAAGGGGGCCAGAUGGCAGGAACGGCCUUCAUCUUCAUCAACAUGGCAAUGUAUCUGGGAGGUUUCCUUGUCUGUCUGAAGAUGUGGCGGCACGAGGCCAAACGAAGAGAGAGGGGGUACAUUGAGGGCAAGGUCACGAGUCAAGAUGAAGGCUCCAACCUGCUGGCCCCGCCAAAAGCAAAACACAUAUCAUUCAAGGCCGGGGCAGACUGGAGUGUACGCGAAGGGCACACCAAUCAGCAAGUGCUUCCUUCUAACAUCCAGAAGGCUCCUGCCAGUCACAACAAAGCUGUGGUGCCUGCAUGCAUCCCUAAAGUCCACAUCAUUGCAGACUAUAUCAUGAAGUACCCAGACAUCAGCAGCAUGGAAGAAAGGGAGAAAUACAAAGCUGUGUUCAAUGACCAGUAUCAAGAGUACAAAGACCUUUACAAAGACAUCAGCGCCACUCUCAAUAAGUUCAGUGAGCUGGAUGCUGUCAUGGCUCGACUCAUCACCGAUGGAAAAAGCCAAGAGGACCAAGCCAGGAUCCAAAACAUCGUGAAGCAGUAUGAGCAGAAAAAGAGCGACCCAGCUUUUCUGGAGAAGAAGCAACGUUGUGACUACUUGAAAGCUAAAUUGAGCCACAUAAAAGACAGAAUACGUGCUUUUGACCAGCAAACUAUCCGACUAAACAAAUAGCAUCAUUGACAUAAUUUUUUGUUGUGUCCAAAUAUUGAAGGCUGUUUUAUUCUUAGUCAUUCUCUCUGAAGUGUCAGACAAAAUGUGAUUUUAACAGGUGUGACAAAGUUUGUACAGUUUUUAUACAGUGAACAUACACGUGACAAUGUGAUGAUUGCCUUUAAAGUGUUUCAUUUGUAUAAAUGAUAUGCAAAAUGUAUAUGAGAAUGUACAGUAUCUAUGUGGUAUUUUCAUUUA